AGUUGUACACAUUAUAUUUAUUUUUCAUCUUCAGUGCAGAAGGCAUCAUGUCAGUUGACGAGUUCUUAGAUAGAAUGCCUAUAAUACAAAGAUUUAUUUUACAACCAUCGUCCUUGCGGCACGAGAAUGAAACUGUCGACUUCAUAACGUUCAGGAUGGAAAAUAUUUCUCUUGCGGUUCGAGGCAUGAGUGUAGACACCGUCAAAUUGGAAAUCCCACAGAAACUUGACAAUAUGACGAUGAAUGGCUUGCAAAGUGACAACACAGAAAUUGGUGAUUGUGUGGCGCAGUUUUGGGCGGCGUACGGAGAUGAAACAAAGUUGAAAAUGACGGACAGCAUCAGAUCAGAAUUAUUAAACCAAAAGCAAACAUCAACUACGAUAUGUGUAUAUGUGGUCAGGAACAUCGUAACAAAGGAUUAUCGAUACUAUAAAUCCCCAGCUUUGGUCAUCUAUUUGAGAGAUCCUGUGUGGAAAAUAUCUACCUGCAAACUUGGUGUAGAGUCCAAUCAUGGGGAUUUCAAUACCACAGUAGAAAUGACGUCAUCAGUCAUACUUGGAAGUGGUAAAUGCUGCAGUAUGAAUUUGAAUAUUCUGGACGUACGUGGGAUGGUUAAAGUUUUCAUUAAAAUCAAUGGUACUGAAGAGACACGCCUUAGAUUGUCCAGUAGAAAAGCAGAUGUACAAAAAUAUUUUAUUGGAAGGAAAACAGACAUUUUUAAAAUCGUUCUAAAUUACGACUCAAAUGCUUCGAAAUGUAGAAGACUAAAUAUUUCAUGGAAGAAUUGCAACUCCAUUAAAGAAGCAAUACGUACAACUCUCUCUGACUGGAGUUACAGGGAGCCAGACUUCACAAUAUAUGAUGACUUUUGUGACUGCAACAACCUCUCACUUCAAACAUUCUACUGCAAGGGCCCUGGAAAAGGGUUGGUUUUAAGAACCGCCAAACAACUAACGAGAAUAACAUCAAAUACCAGGACAAGCUCCAAUGUCCAGUGUCAUCUAUCGUUGGUGAUGACUACUACGUUUAAAACAUACAUUGGGAUAGCCAUCUUUUCUCACAAUGGAACCCGCUUUCACGUCUUCAAUCAAGAGAGGGAAGGAUUCUUGUACGAACAAUAUCGUCAAAGGUUCAACUUUCGAAUAGGACGCAUUGAAGACAAGUUUCAUGUACGAGUUGACCUCAAGCGUCUUGAGGGUUCCUCCUUGUUGGCUAUAGAAUCUGUGAAGCUCAAUAAUUGUUCGGGGAUAUCGAGAUCAGAUUCUCAAUUAAAUUGUUCACUAAGCGAAUACAAGUGUAAAAGUGGGGUAUGUGUUGAUAAGUGGAAAAGAUGUAACCUUGCAAAAGAUUGUUUCCAUGGAGACGACGAAGAGAACUGUGAAAGAGAUCUAGGGCGCUGGCAAUGUGAUUUUGACGUUUCAUCGAACAAGACAUGUAGCUUUCUGCAGUACAAAACGAACAGAUGUGGGAGAUUCAGAAUAAAGCAGGGAAGCUUGUAUGGUAGCCCAGGACCAGAACAUACAAACGCAAAAGAUAAAGGACAUAUGUUAUACAUGUACUAUGAUAAAAUUAUGUGUAGCAAACCGUUUGCAGAAAUACAAACACAACAGUUUCAGUCUGCUGUGUCCGACAUUGAAGGAAAUCAGUCUAACUGCACCAUGACAAUAUCAACUAAGGGGGCAAACAAAUGCUGGUGGUAUGUAUACCUCUGUCAGGAUUCCUGCACGAGAGUGGAAUUCCGUGGUAACGCAACGAAAGAAUGGAGAACGAAUGUAGUGACACUCCCUGUACACAAGGGCAGAAAUUAUGUGAAGAUUAAAGCGACCAGGAAGUGUUAUUGGAUGGCUGUUGAUGAUGUGUACUUUUCCCCAAGUUGCUUUGCAUCAGAUAUCCAUACUUCUGAUGUGUCGUGGUGGAUUGAAAUCUUCGUUCCUGUCGUAUGUUUAUUGGUGGCAAUAGAAAUUAUUGUAGUCUCUUGGGCAGUUUGCCAAAGGACUAUGUGUCAAGAGAGGGUUUGUGGCUGUCACAUAGGUUCUUGCUUCCGUAGAAAACAACCGGAAGUAGAAGAUUUUAUGCGGGAUAGCUGUGUUAUACCUAGUUCAAUAGCCAAAUACAAUGCUAUUUUAACGGAGAACAACCCAAACUAUACUUGGUUGUCAGAGCGGGUACUGAAUGAGUGUAUUAGGAAUAUUCCAUAUACGAAAGUUCGGUUAGAUUCAUUACUUGGUGAGGGGUCUUUUGGUAAAGUUUACAAAGGCAACCUCUUGAAGCAUGGCGACACAAAAGAUGACACCCCAGUGGCCGUGAAGAAAUUAUCUGCGGGAUCACAAAACGAAAGCAUAUCUGAUUUCUUAUUCGAAGCUCUUACAUUAAGUAAAUUUAAUCAUAAAAACAUAGUUCGCUGUUUGGGAAUCACGUCUGACCCUAACGGAGAAUUGCUGUUGGUAUUGGAGCUCAUGGAAGGUGGCGAUUUAAAGAACUAUCUGAGAAGGCAUAGUCAGAGAGAGGAUUUAAGCGUGCAAGAACUGUUGAAAAUUUCAGUAGACAUCGCACAUGGCUGUCAGUAUUUGGAAGAAAACAGAUUCAUACAUAGGGAUAUUGCUGCUAGAAAUUGCCUUUUAUCUACCGUUGACUCCAACAAAAUUGCCAAGAUUGGAGACUUUGGAUUUGCAAAAGACAUACACGGCUCUGAAUAUUACAAGAAAUCUGAAAUGGCAAUGGCCCCUGUUCGGUGGAUGCCAGAAGAAUCAUUUAAAGAUGGCAAAUUUUCCUCAAAAUCCGACGUUUGGGCUUAUGGUGUGUUAUUAUGGGAGAUCUUCUCGUUUGGAAAACUACCCUAUGAGGACCAAACGAAUGCUGAAGUGAUGGCAAAAGUUAUGAACGGGCACCGAUUGGGACAACCAAGGCUCUGUCCCAUACAAGUGUAUAACGUCAUGGGAGAAUGUUGGAAUACAGAGCCAGACAAGAGACCGUAUUUUAAGGCCGUAUUAACACUUUUGUCGUCGAUAUAUUCGCAUACAUUUUCCCAGGGCACUCGCCAGAAUACUAGUGGUAUCUUUUCUAGAAAGGUUAAACAGCGUUUGAACACGUACUCGUCACCAGAAGACACAGAAACAGUGACGUCACUUCUAGAUGGAGACUGUAAACCCUGCGUCACAGAAACAGUGACAUCACUUCUAGAUGGAGACUGUAAACCCUGCGUCACAGACAACGUCUUCAUGGAAAAUUUAUCUGCAUGAUCUCUGAUACCAUGCAUUUAACAACUACUGAUUUGGAACAAUGUCUGUCUCAACACUUAGCAUUCUUUCAAAUUUUCUUGUCCACAAAUGGCCAGUAUUAACAUUUUUAAAACUUUGACAACGAAACUGCUGAAUGCUGUAGAAAUAAUGUGUCACUUAAAAGAGAAUCGUGUGUAACACCAUGUAAAAUAGACAUGGUAAAACUAAACUAAAAUCGUGCUUUCGCUACAGAUUGUCAAAGUGUGCAUUCAAAUCCUUCUUGAUCACUGACUUGAAAUGAAUUUUUUCUUAAAGUUCUUACAAAUGGAUGACACAUGUUUUUUGGUUUUUUUUUAAAUGUUUACAUUAUAUUUUGUCAAGUUCCUCUGCAAUGUACAUUUUUGUUCUAGACUGGAAACAGAUAUUGUGUGAAUUAAAUUCCGGAAAUGUUUCAUAACACCUUUUAAGAUAAGGGACACUGGAUAUAUUUGUGUAUUGUGUCCUCUCGCGUUACGAAACAACGAUCGUUGUAUUUUCUAGUAUAUAAAAUCAUCAUUUCACAAUUUCAAUUGAAAUUGUUCGAAUACAAAUGCAAGUAAUGCUUUAUAUCUGACGUUCAAAUUUCUUAGAAUUCUGGAUUCCUAGUAUGUAUUGAACUCAAGGUUCCUUAGAAUCGUACAUGUGUAAGGUCAGUUUUUAAAUCGAAGCAAGCUACUGACGAACAAGUUGAUGGUGCAGGGGUUCCAACAGUCUCCUUUAAAAUCAGCAUUUCGCAAAUUCUAUGGUCGUUAUAACGAUCUAGUUUGCCAAUACAACCUAUCAUUAGGUCAAAUGCUGAUUUUGACUACGGAUAACUCCGUUUACUUGAUCAAGAUAUAGUGUGACCGGUCGACAUGGGAUGCUUACUCCCCCUAGGCACCUGAUCCCCCUCUGGUAUAUCCGGGUUCGUGUUUGCCCAACUCUCUAUUUGUAUUGCUUAUAGGAGUUAUGAGAUUGAUCACUGUUUGUUAUUUUCGCCUUACAUGUAUGUGUAUUCUAUAUUGAAUAUUAUCCGUCGAGCAGUAUACAUUGUAUAUGACGAGUUUAAAUUAUUCACGUUUCUUUGUUGCUUUGCAAAAUUUAUACAUAGAUACAAUUUCUAGAACUGUUUUUGAGCUCGCAAAAAGGUUGUCUGUAGAUCUUGUAGCAUUUUGAGCUUUUAAGAUUUUAGCAAGUUAUUUAAUAGCCUUAAGGAGUAAUCAAAAUAUUAGUGCAAACUUAUUUUUCAUCUUGAAUACUACAGGUACAAUAUGCAAAUAUAUUUACAUUCCAUCAUCAUUUUCUUAAGUCGACAUUCUGGAGGUAAUAGCAGGCUAGGACUAGGACUUCAUUGUAACAUCAUAAAGCCAAAACAGACAUCCAUGUUCAAAUAUUGCGUCACAUUUACUGAAGUGUGCAUAAAAAAUAGGAAUUUACAAGGACGUUUUUAAAGUAUUACAUUUCCCUUUUAUCAAAAUAUAAAUGAAAAAGCUGAUUAUUUUAAAAGAUCACGUGGUAUGAAUACCUCAUGAUGAGAAGGAUACAUUACAUAACGCGAAGUUGUACGUUACUCGUCACGUUGCAUUAAUAUAUUAAGCGAGGUCAUAAAGCGAGGUUUAAAAGAUGUCUUACUGUAUUUGAUGUUUAACAGUUAUAUUGUCUUAGACAAAAUCUGAAUGUUUUGCAAUACUUGCAGAUGUUAUUUUAAAAUAAUUAUGAUAUGAACAAUGAAGAUAUAUUGAUUUCCAUAACAUGUUGUCCCUGACAUUGUCUACGGCUUGCACUAUGAUGCUGAUCACCAUUAAUGUGAUAUUAUAGUACAUGUAUAAAGUAAAUUCGCUCUAUCUACUGUGUGAAGAGUAGUAUUGUGUUUUACAAAUUGAUGUAAUACUCAAUAUACUUAAUUCAAGGGCAUUAAACGAAAUUUUCUUUCUUAUAAUAGUAACAGUUUUCUGAACUAAUGUGUACGAAUAAAAUUCUGGAAAA